CCCCAGGUUUAUGAGUGCCCACCAGAAGGGCAGGGAGGGGGCAAUGGGAAGCUGGCCCUGCUCUGCUCAGUGCUGUGCAUCCCCCUUCUUUCAGCAGCUGCCUCCACCGUGGUCCCCAUCCCUGGCACCUUCUCCUGGCCGCUGGCCGCCCGCGGUAAACCCCGCCGGGGCAUGCUACGUCGUGCUGUCUUCUCCGACGUGCAGCGCAAGGCACUGGAGAAGAUGUUCCAGAAGCAGAAGUACAUCAGCAAACCCGACAGGAAGAAGCUGGCAGCCAAGCUGGGCCUCAAGGACUCACAGGUGAAGAUCUGGUUCCAGAACAGGAGGAUGAAGUGGAGGAACUCCAAAGAAAGAGAGCUCCUCUCUUCUGGUGGCUGCAGAGAACAGACCCUUCCUACCAAGUUCAACCCUCACCCAGACCUCAGUGACGUAGGCAAGAAAUGUUCAGGAGAGGAGGAAGAGGAGGAAGAAGUUCCCCCUGUGUGCCCACCCAGCCCCCAGCAUCCCUUAAGCUACCACCAGUCCCCAGAACAUUUACACUUGAGGGACAGACUGGACUCCCAGAUGUCUCCUUCUCCAUCCCAUUCUAGCAGCCCCAGCAAACCUUCAGACUUCUCAGACUCAGAGGAGGAGGAUGAUGAAGGGGAAGAGGAAGAAGAGGAGAUAACAGUCUCUUAA